AUGGCAUCUGGCCAAGAGAAGGACAUGGCAAGGGAGGAAGGGCCCACUGCACCUAAUAAGGUGGUGAACAAUGCUGCUGAGAUUGAACUCAAUCAAGAUGAGGCAAUGGCUGAUAUUGAGCUGGAUGACAUUGAAAACUUGGACCUGGAGGAUGAGGAUAACUAUGUUGAAGCUGUUAACCAUGUUGAAGCUAAUAACAAUGGGGAGGAGGAUGACACCGGUGAAAAGGGGAACACUGGUGAUGAAAAUGACUUCACUGAGGGUGAAGGCAUGAGUUAUCCUAUCUCCGAGGAAAUUUUCCAUCUCCAGGCUAAAGUGUCAACUCAGAAUAUCACCAUCCAGCAGCAGCAGAAGUCCAUUGAUGGACUCACAAAGCUGACUAACAAGCUUAAGGCUGAGUUGGGCAUUGUCAUGAAAGAGCAAUAUGCGGUCGAGUUCGAAGCCGCAGCGCGCAUGCUCCAGAAACCCUUGUCCGAUGAGGAGAUGAUGCACACCUUCAUGAAAGGCCAUCCUGUCAAGCUGCAGCAAGCACACGUGACUGGUGGCAUGACCAAUUGGACGACUUACAAGGAGAUGAAAAAGAAGGUGAUCAAAACUAACCUGCUGGAUACCACCAUGACCCUUGUGAAUGUGAGCCCCGAGGCUCGUGUCACCGCAGCUACUCGUGCAUUCGACGAGGUGGCUUGCAGGACAGUGUAUGGCGCUAAGAAGCAGGCACAAGGACCAUUUGAAUGGCCGGAAUUCUGCACCGCGCUGAAAGAGGCAUUCAUGGUCAAGAAGUCCGACUUGGAGUUGCGCGGACGCCUUGAGAGCAUCAAGUGUCGUGACCGUUCGGUGCAGCAAUAUGCGGUUGAGUUCGAAGCCGCAUCGGGCAUGCUCCAGAAACCUUUGUCCGAUGAGGAGAUGAUGCACACCUUCAUGAAAAGCCUUCUUGUCAAGCUGCAGCAGGCACACGUGACUGGUGGUAUGACCAACUGGACUACUUACAAGGAGAUGAAGGAGCAGGUGAUCAAAACUGACAACAUCAUUCGCACGUACAUGUUUGGUCCCGAAAAGCCGGGCCAGCGGCCCUGUGCUGAAGGCUCUGGUGGUCAUGGGAACCGACCCCAGAAUGCCAAUCGUGGAGGCAGUUGGAACAAGAGGCCGUUCCAACAGCGUGAUCACCAGCCUGGGCCUCAGGCCAAGAAGGCUAAUGGAGGGGGGGCGGGGCGUGGUCCCAACAACAUGGACUUCUCCAAGAUGCAGUGUAACGGCUGUGGAAGGAUUGGACACAUCCAAAGGCACUGCCGUGACAAAAACUCCAUCAAGUAUUAUGGGAAGCCUAAGCCAGGCGGCGCUGGACCUUCUAGAAAGAAGGAUUUUCAUAAGCCCAACUAG